AUGAGCGUGGCUGGAUCCCGCCCCAAGAAGCGAUCACCGAAACAGCAGCGGAAAAUCGCCCUUGACGCGGCAGAAAGCGCCCCGCUUUGGAGGGCCGACAUCCAAUUCGACCUACUCUCCGCCAUAUUCGCAAACCAAGUCAAAGUCUUCACAGGCAACUCUAAUAAACUGACUUUUGGCGAACUCUACACGGAAUCCAUCUUGCGCUCGCCCAAAGCAAAGACAGUGCUCAAAGACAAGCUUUCUGGAGAUGAGGCGUCUGAGUUUGCAACCGACUUUGCCAAGCUUGCCCUUCUUGUGAAUGUUGGUCGCGUUGGGGCCUCAAUGAGCUUCUUUCUCGAAACCCGAACGACGCAACGCUCAUACCAUCCCAUUCCAUCAUUGCAACACUCGAAAGGGAACCUGCUUGAUGCGCCAAGAAUAAAAUCUGUGCUUAGAGCAUGCGAAGAUAUCGGAGAGUCAAAGGGUCAACUUACGACGCCAACACAAAUGUUAGCCAGAGCCAAAGCAGGCCAAAUUCCGCCAACAACGUUACCCAACCUUUUAUUUGUGCUGUCGAACCACUCUGCUCAAAUUGGUCACGACCAUCUCCAUGAUGUAGAAUUCCUGGACUUGUUUCUCCCGAGCGCCACCUCGUCUCAGUCUCGUGCUCAGCUGUUCCUUUAUUUCUGCUACCAUUACCAUGAAGCCCCAACGGGAGAUCUCGACGACGACUCACAUGCAAAUCCGUUCGCUGGGCCAGACGGCAAACCUCCCACUUUGAUCACUCUGACCUCUGAAGAAAGCGCUCAAGAGAACGUGGAUAGUGCAGAAGAGAAAGAACACGCAGAGGCACUCGUCACGCAGAGAGAAGGUAUACUUCGGGAGUAUUCCAAGCGAGAGAGCGCGAAGGAAAAGACGGAACAGCCCUCAAAGGCCAAAGCGAAACGAGGUGGCGCUAAACGCCCAGUAAAUAACGACAAGGAUGACGAUGAUGCAAAUGGUGACUACGCUCUCAGUGAACGACCAUCGUCAGUGCGCGGCUCCUCUCCCCAUAAUCAGGGCCAUCGCCGCUAUUCUCCGUAUCCUAUGUCGCGAAACUACUUGCAGUACACUUGGCAGUUACUGCUCUCGGCCGCCGAUCCUCUUGACGAUUCGGAUGAGGAUGACGAAUACUCGCUCGUUCAACGUCUGGCUGUUUUGGCCGAGCUCAGACAACAAUCGCCAACGCCUGAACCUGCGGGUCUCCAACCUAUCCCACGACCCUUGGCAUGA